AUGCCAUGGCCUGCCCUCUGUCUCUCCCCCUCCCACCCCCUUCUGCUACCUGCCGUUCCCUCCCCACUGACCUUCCCGUGCUGGUCCAAUGUCCUCCAACGCCUCGUCUUCUCGCUCUGGCGCCUCGAGGCGGCCGCGGCGAGCAGAGCUAACACUACAAACUACUACCUAGGUGCCGGUUCCAACACGAACUCUGUGGAGGGUUCUUCCCGUUCUUCUAGGUCGCGUGAGCCGUCUGGGGAGGUGGAGGAACAACCCGCUCCGAAGCGGCGUAAGCGUGAAGGACGACCCAAGGUCACUGAGAACGUGGGGCGGCCAGCCAACGACCAAGAGGAGGUCGAUAUGCCUGACGCAGACGAGAAAUGUGCGGAGGACGCCGAGAAGAUUUACGGAAGGCUUCAUUGGUAUGGAGAAGAGGACGGACCUUACCCAGCGCCGGGGUCGUUAUAUUUUCAGUGUCUUACGAUUCAGGCCGAGCGCAGCCUGGAAGAGGCUGCCUCCCAGUACUUGUCCAUGCAGCUGAUGUGGGAAGCACGGCCGUGGAGGCCGAAGCGGCUGGACCCCGAGAACAGUGUGAGGGGGAGUCCUCUAAAGGAUGAGCCACGGCAAGAAGACGCUGGACGGGUUGUGCUGCAACCCCCAAAUCCAGCCCCCGAGGGGCACAUCAUGGGCUCCUGGGCUCCCUAUGGGGGUUCCAGACGUUCCCUGGUCAGGGAGGACACCCAUUGGCAACUGGACACCGACUCCCUGCAAUUCGAGCUUUCCGUUCCAAACGUCCUCGACCGUGGGGCGUCUGCCUUUGACGUCGAUGAGCUCGUUGGCCGGCAAGGCAGCCAAGAGGCUGUCCCACACGUGCAAGAGGCCAACAUGACUUCACCAAAUAUGGACGUCGAGAUAGAGCUGGAUGUUGAUGAAGGAGGCGAAGGCCACGGGUGCGAAAGGGUCGAAGAGGGUUCGGAAGACCGUGCUGCAGCCCUCAAGGUGCAGCAUGACAAGCAUGACAUACGCCACGGCCUGCCUGUUCCCCAAAACACCUUUGACACGGCUGACCGUCAGACCACAGAUGCGGAGGCGCGCCAGGCGGAGGAUUUGUGGGAUAGUGACAUUUCUACUUCGUUAGGCACCGAUGAGGCCAGGACCGUCUUUCAAGUGGAAGAGAGCCCUGAACGCGAGACAGCGCGGCGCCGGUCUCGCAAGCCUGCUAAGAGGAAGCCUUCUCAGAGGGCGGAGAAGACGCUGAACGAUGUCGAAAGGUGUCGAGAGUUUGCGUUUACGAUGGGCACCUUGCUCGCCACCGUUGCAGAGGUCGCUGCUUUCAUCAAAUCCGACAAACAUGACAGGGACGUGAUGCACGAGAGUUUGCAAACGAUGGUUGGCAGGCUGAACGCUGACAUGAAGAAGGCCAACAAUGACGAUCCCUCUGGCUUCAAGGCCGCCGUGCUUAGCAUCUAUGCGAACAAAGACAAGAGGGGUUCACAGAAGUCCCUGGUUCGCAAUCUUUAUACCAUGGCGUCGUACGCACAACAGGAGGAGAGGGUGGGAGGGCUGUGCAGAAUACAAGUGGCAGAGGUGACGGAGAUGUUGAAGGAGAACAGAUGA